AACUGUGUGGUUCCCGUCAACGACAAUCCAUGACAUCGACAGGACUUCGGACGAGCGCGACAGCGUUGCUAAAAGGGAAUAGUAUUACCAACUCAACGAUAUCCACGGCUCACUCGGACGACGCGCUCCACGAUUUCCACACAGCCCCGUCCCAUGAAAUCAAGCCAGGGGAAGACUACUACGUAUCCUGGACGCGUAACGAAGCAGUCGACGGGUGUAUGGUUUGCAAUACCAGGUUCACACUCUUCCUCCGACGUCACCAUUGCCGCAGCUGUGGCGAUGUCGUGUGCGGACUAUGCGCCGAGUCCAAGCGCGAAGUGUACGGCUUGGUUGGCAUGCAUCGCGUGUGCGACUCGUGCUUGACCAACGGCGUGUGGAUGGACCCAGUGACCAGGCGCCGGUUGAUGAAGAUCGAGCAAAGCCAAAGCCUCGCGCAAGAGUACGACGAUGAACAUAGCCAUAUCAUGGAAGACAGUUGUCCAAACCACGACGAUUGCGACAACGACGGCCGACCAGGGACGCCACGGGAUGAAGGAACCAACGUGGGAGAAUGGUUGACUCUGACAAAAGGAAAAUCCAACGACGAGGGAGGCCAGGACGAAGGCAGCGAAGAUGAACAUGACCAUACGUUGGCGAAAAUCAAAGAGUUUUAUACUACGUUUGCCCCUCAAGACUUGCACUUAGCGACUGCUCAAUUGGCCCAUUACGGCCCACACCAACGAACCCUCAUGUGGCGCAUGUUGCAAGCCCAUUACAACGUCUCGUUUGAAAGCGCUAUGAAGUGCAUGUGGAAUGUCGAUGACAUUCAUAUCCAUGGCCAAGACGAACCAGUCAACCCAGACAGAGAUGCAUCGGUGCGACAACCUGUUGGGGGAUGUCGUACAAUAUUGCCAGAGGUGGAAUGUGCGAACAAUGCACAAGCCGACGACGGCAGUGAGGAACGAGUCGUCGAACCGUUUGUUGCUGAAUUGAAUGUGACAAACGAUGUGGAGGAGUUCGAACAACAGCCCGAGGAGGAGGAUGUUCCUCCUUUUACUACAACCAUUGACGAAGUUCCUUUCAAUCAAGAGCCAUUGGUAACCAACGACAAGUCGAAGAUUACACCGCAGCCGUCGAUUGAAUACGAAGAGCACCUUCCUGAAGAUACAGACCACACCGCCAUCAUCCAAAUGUUUGAGCUCCACCAGCCCCUUCCAACAGUCCAAGAGGCACACGAAGUCGUCUACAGUCCAUCUUCCAACGGCGGUUCAGAUCCAUCGGAUGCGAGAAUGCCAAACAACGAAGGCAUUGCUCCUUUGAAAUCACUUCAGCGCCUUGCUGAAGAAGCGAAUCUUGCAGUUAUCAUCGCGCCUCCACUCGAGAACUGCGCAGAGUGUGAAAUCGCCGAAGAAAGAACCCUAACGGCGUCGUCGUCGACGAACGACAGUGCAGCAACCUCCACAGAGGACACCUUGCAGACCGCUCCUUCAUCAACAAACUCACAGUCACUCAACAAGCAAUCCAAGGCAGCUCUGCCCUUGUCACAAGUCGCCGUAGUUGCAUUUGGUCGGCGGCAAUGGCUAUGGGCCGGUGGUGCGUUCGGGCUGAUGUAUCUCAGCAAGCGAUCAACGACAUGGUCAACCUGGAUUCGAAACGUCGCAAUGUUGUCGCUGGUCGCUCCCUCCUUGCGGGCUUUGGUCAUUGCGCUCCUCAUCCAGCCCCGCACAACGCCCACCCCUCUGCCCGCCACGUCGACUUCCACUCUAUAAAUUUCCUAUUUCUUGCAUUAUUGUCGCCCCAGUAGAUAGCAAGCAAUUCCAUCAUAGCAACAGCUUCUGCCC